GAUCAGUUCACUGGGCUACCUUAGUACAUACAUAGUACGUACUUUACAUAGCAGUUGCAAUCGAGUUCCUUUCUAGCGUGUCAUCUUCGUACCUUACUACAUGUAUGUAUGUAAGGUAUAAUAAUGUUCGGCUUAUUUCAAUAGACUCAACCCCUGUCAACAUUAUUAACCUCUUCUUACUGCCGCCUGUGUAACUAUUGGUAGGACUGACACUUCAGCCGUCAAAGCACACCACUCAACUUUAUUCCUCCAAGUCGCCUCCCAUCACUCUUCUACGGUGAUUCGGAUUGGCAGCCAAUAAUCCAUUAUAUAUCUAAGCGAGACAGAAACAUAUACUGUCUGUGCUUUUGUCGAUAUAUAACUACCUACCUAGGCUAGAUAUCUGCCUAACAACUUUGUUUUUUUUUAUCAAAAAAUACCUGAUAUACCCGUUGAGAAAAAACGACCAAGACCAAGCGACUAGUGGACACGAUUCCCUCCCAACCUCACGACCUCAACCGGUCACCUCUAACUUUUACUGAGGAAUGAUGCCUACGGUCCAAGGGUUCAGUACGUUGCGGGCGCGCUCGUACGUGUUUCGGCUGCCGCUGUUCACUCGCGCCAUGAUAGUCGUUAUGGUGGCAUUUUGGCUCGGCGGGCUUCAGUCUGUAUGGGAUCUGCGGCAAUGGGGCGCGCUCAUUCCGGAUGAAAUUGGCCUCGCGACAAUGUACCGGGUCAACACAUUCCCGUUAAUCCACCUCAACUUCUUCCACGCCUUGUUCAACAUACUCUCCUUGACGCCCCUGCUAGAGAGGUUCGAGACCGAGUUCGGCACAUUGACGUCACUCGCCCUGUUCUUCGGUCCCUUAACGACAAUACCUGCUUUCGCAUACAUUUUCAUAGAAAAGUUUAUACUGAGAGGGAACACGGCGGUCAUGGGAGCUAGUAUCUGGGUGUUCCUCCUACUUGGAGUGGAAGCUAUACGCACUUAUAAAACGAACCCGUACCUUGUAAUCGGAACACACCAUGUCCCGACCUGGAUAACACCUCUGGUGAUGGUGUUGGUCGUCGAAGCGCUCAUCCCCAACACCAGCUUUGUUGGUCAUCUGUGUGGAGUGUGCACGGGCUACCUAUUCGGAUUGGGAUACCUCAAAUUCCUGUCGCCACCGGAGAAGGUACUACGAUGGAUCGAAAGCCGUCUAAACCUACUAGGACGAUUACCGCACUAUGUCAGCGUGGACCAGAAGACGUACGGAAGAUUUGGGGUGUUGCCGACGAAUAACUCGACCAGCUCGACAACACCACUAGGGCUAAUAGGCUCUUCACAGAGGUUAGGUCCGUAGUACGGUUUGCGCAGCGUGGCCAUAGACAGAGCAGAAGAUGAGAGAAGAUCAAGGUGAAAGAAUGCUACCUUGUAUAUAGCAUGCGUUUAAUCAGCAUUCAGGCAUUGCAUGACACAGGAGUCUUGGAAGGGAAACAAACUUUGGUAUAUUCGUGUUAUGAGGUCUGGAAUACUUUGUGGGCCAAAAUAGCAUAGAAAAGGGGGUUUGUUUGACUUGUAUCAAUAGUAAUCUCGAGCGCCUUGAACCCUUUUUACGAUGCAUCGUGUACCUAUAUGCAUCUAUACACUGUAGUAUAACUGCAGCUUGUUAGAAAAUAAGCAUGUAAAGCAUACAAUGAUAUACAUAGUUAAUGGUUAAUUAAGCUAAUUAGGUC